CCUUGUCAACACCCUCACUCUUACUCUCUCUCUCUCACUCACACUCACACACACUCUCUCUAUUUGUCAUUACUUACUUACCACCCCCCGAAAUUGCGUCCCCCGCCUUGCCCGCAGCUGUCCUUGCUGCGGCCCGCUUCCCGUCGUUACACCACUACCACCAUGGCUGCUCCCGCAAGUGACGACGAGUUCAGCUCGCGCUCCCAACAGAGCCCUCUGGCCUCGCAGCGUGCCCGCGCCCAGCCCAGCCAGCCUCCUACCGGCCGCUUCCAGGGUUACUUUCCGCUAGGCUACAAGGAGGGCUUCAGCCAGUGGUGGGCCGGCCUCUCGCCCGCCGUCACCGAGCACGCCGUCCUCUCCCACAUCCCCUACCUCCAGAAGCCACCCACGCACACGCAGACCGGCUCGGCUCCCCCGUCGGCCUCCGUUUCCGCCACGUCCAUCGCGAACGAUCCCGCCCGAGCCGCCCGCCCCGUCACCUCCAACUCGGUCACGGACCCCUACGGCCCGCGGAUAUGGCAUUCGACGCUGGUCAAGCUCAGCGGCAAGGACCGCGCCCUGAACGAGUUUUCUGUUGAGCGCGUGGGCGAGGACGUUGAGAACAACCUUGUCAUGCUGCACGGCUACGGCGCAGGUCUGGGAUUCUUCUACAAGAAUUUCGAGGCCCUGAGCCGCGCCGAGGGCUGGAAGCUGUACGCGCUGGACAUGCUGGGCAUGGGGCGCAGCAGCCGGCCGCCGUUCAAGAUCCACGCCAAGGAUCGGCAGGACCAGAUCACCGAGGCGGAGAACUGGUUCAUCGACGCGCUCGAGGAGUGGCGCAUCGAGAAGAAGAUUGACCGCUUCACGCUGCUCGGCCACAGCAUGGGCGGCUACAUGGCCGUCGCCUACGCGCUCAAGUACCCGGGCCACCUCAACAAACUCAUCUUGGCGAGUCCGGUCGGCAUCCCCGAGGACCCGUGGGCCGUCAACGCCGAUAUGCCCGAGCCCGGCGAAUCGACCAUGGUCAACGAGUUCACGCAGGACCAAGCCAACUCGGCCGGCGCCACCAACGGCAACGCCGCCGGCGACAAGAACACGAUCGACGCGCGCCUCAAAGCCGACACUCAAAACAACAACGGCAAGCCACCGCGCCGGCCACUGCCAAAGUGGCUGACGUACCUGUGGGACGCCAACAUCAGCCCGUUCUCGCUAGUGCGGUGGACAGGGCCACUGGGCCCGCGCCUCGUGUCGGGCUGGACAUCGCGGCGCUUCUCGCACCUGCCGGCCGAGGAGUCGCAGUCGCUGCACGACUACUCGUACUCGCUGUUCCGGCAGCGGGGCAGCGGCGAGUACGCGCUCGCAUACAUAUUGGCGCCGGGCGCGUUUGCGCGCAGCCCGCUCAUCCGCCGCAUCCACGGCAUCGGGCGGCAGUACCUGGGGGUGCACUCGGGCCCGAUUCCGGACACGGAGGGCACGGAGCGCGAGGGCGCCGGGGGCCGCAAGCGCGAAAACGGCGUCCCCGUCGUGCUGAUGUAUGGCGAGAACGACUGGAUGGACAUUAAAGGCGGGUUUGCGGCGGAGAAGAAGAUGAAGGAGGAGAAGGAGCGGCUGCUUGCUGGGAAGAACGACGAGGAGCGCAGGCGCGAUAAUGGCGAUGCCAAGGUGUUGGUGAUCCGGAAGGCGGGACAUCAUCUCUACCUUGAUGGCGCAGAGCAGUUUAAUGAGAUUAUGCUCGAGGAGAUGCGGGAUGUGGCGAGGAGAGAGAAGGCAAGGGAGGCUGACGGCGUGGGGAGGUAAUGAUUGUGCUUUGGCGUUUUUAUGGGGGAGAGGCGUUGGAAGAGUGGGAGCGGCAUUGUUUGCUUGUUUGUUUGUUGGUUUGUUUUGUUGGUUUCCUUUCACCCUAUCUAUCCCAUUGUCGUUUCCUCUCUCCUGCUUUUUUUUUUUUUUUUUUU